AUAUUCUUUCUCGUUUCAUAAUUCCGUUCCGUUGCGUUCCAUCUGGUGCGCGUAAAUUGUACGACGUUCUCGAUAACGACCCGCCGCAUCUUCGUCGUUUCUUUGAAACUUUCAUCAUUUAUUGUUAUAGUCGGACUCUUCAAGGCCCCGGCCGGCAGAUCUCAUUAAGUCCAUCUCCCACUUGCUCUUCCUCCUUUCUUCCUCCAUGUCUCCGCCCGCUCUUUUCCUCCUCCUCCUCCUCCUUCUCCUAAUCCACCUCCCAUGGGGUGCGUCCAAGCCAAGGGUUCCUCCAACGCCUCGCCCUCGCAGGCCGACCUCCACGCCUUGAAGCGCGACAACGGGUACCUCCCCGGCAGCCACGCCGUCACGAAAUACCAACCCCUCCCUGACCGUAUUGCUGCGGACGGAGGAGGAAAAGCUUCGACGGGGGAUGAAGAAGGAAGCGAGGGUGUCGGAGUGCAGUCCCACAAAGCCUCUCUUCCGCUGUCGCAACCCGUGAGGCCAUCCUCCGUCGACGGGGGAGAGGAUGAAUUGAUAGGCGGAUGGCCUAAGUGGCUCGUCGCCAAUGUUUCGCCGGAGAUUCUAGUUGGUUUUGUCCCGAAGAGCGCUGACUGUUACGAGAAGCUCGACAAGAUAGGCCAAGGGACUUAUAGCAAUGUAUAUAAGGCCCGAGAUCGUGACACUGGAAAGAUUGUUGCUCUGAAGAAGGUUCGCUUUGACACAUCCGAAUCAGAGAGCGUGAAAUUCAUGGCCAGAGAAAUUAUGAUGCUGCAAAAGCUCGACCAUCCCAAUGUUAUCAAACUAGAAGGCCUUGCUACUUCGAGAAUGCAUUAUAGCCUAUACCUUGUCUUUGAUUUCAUGCAGUGUGACUUGUCAAGGAUUAUUUCACGCUCGGAUAUAAGGCUCACUGAACCACAGAUAAAGUGUUAUAUGAAGCAACUUCUCUCUGGUCUACAGCACUGCCAUGAGAGAGGAAUCUUACAUAGAGAUAUUAAGGGUUCCAAUUUACUGAUAGACAGGAAUGGGAUUCUGAAAAUUGCUGACUUUGGCCUAGCAAACUUUUACGACCCUAACAUAAAAGUUGCACUUACAAGUAGGGUUGUGACACUGUGGUACAGAGCACCUGAAUUACUACUGGGUACCACUGACUAUGGAGUCGGCAUUGAUCUUUGGAGUGCUGGAUGCCUUCUUGCUGAGAUGUUUGUUGGAAAACCAAUUAUAGCUGGCAGAAAUGAGAUUGAACAGCUCCAGAAAAUAUUUAUGCUUUGUGGAUCACCAUCAGAUGAUUUCUGGAAAAAACUGAAGUUGACUAGUAACUUCCAACCGCCUCCGCCGCACAAAUCAACUAUAUUUGAAACAUUUAAAGAUCUUCCUUCAUCUGCCUUGAGUUUAUUGAUUGUGCUGCUCGCACUAGAGCCUUCAAAUCGGGGCACUGCAGUAUCUGCUUUGCAAAGCAUUUAUUUCACUACAAGUCCUUCGGCGUGUGACCUUUCUGGCCUCCCUCUAAUUUAUAAAGAAUCAAAUGAAUCAGUUCAGUCACGUGAAAGGCGAAAGAAUAAAGCAUCAAGGGUGGUUCAACAGUCUCGAAAACAUAAAGACACUGAAAGGAAAUUGGAUACUACAAAAAUGAAAAGAUAUUCCGGAUCCUCCAACGAGGAGAAGCCAGUAGAUCUAAGCAACAAUAGCCAAGAGCCGAGUAGCAGCACUGGAAGCACUUCCUCCAGUACAAAGCCUCAGAAGUCGCCUCCAGCCCUCGUCGCAUCACUCUCACUGAUCACUGACCCAAUCGAAGAAGAAUCAUGUCGAACAGAAGGUGGUGAUCUAGCGUAUGAAGUUACUGAUGAUUACGAGAAAGCAAGCAUGCGCCAGUGUAGAUUGAUUAAGAGAUCAGCUUCGCCCUCGGAAAUGAGCAGGCAUUAUGGAAGGCAUACGUCGAAAGUUUCUCCAGACUAACUAAUAUCAUAUCUGUUUACUUCAUCGUAUUUUGUUGAUGUCGAUGCAAUAUUAUGUUAUUAAUGGAUUAUUAUUAUUGUUAUUAAUAUCUGUUGUGUUAUUUGUUUGAUAACUUGGCAUCUGUAGUGCCCCCAAGAAUUACAUGGCUUAAUAAGAUGUAUUACAAGGUGUGUUAUAAUUUGAUCCCA